CGUCAUUAGAUCCGCGAGAGCACAGAAAGGCAAGGGGACCAAUCAGAUCGCGCGCUCUUUUCCAAGUCGUUUCUAAGGGGCGGGGUGAUAUGCUCCCUCAGCCAAUGGCGAAGGCGCUAAGUUGUUUACAGGGCGGAGCUAACUGUCUGUGCGCUGCUGUGUGCGCUGCCGCUGUCCGCAUUGGGUCCGGUGUCGGAAGGCGGAGAAGAGGACGCCAUGAGCCUGGCGGUGAGGUGAGUGCCGGUACCGGCCCGGAGCCGCUCUGUUACCGGGGAGCAUCCCUGUGUCACAAUCCCUGUGUGUGCUGUCAAGCCGAGUAGGCCCUGGCUCCAUGGAGAUUAAUAAACCUCUCACAGCUAAUCAGCACCACAGAACUACAACUCCCGUGAUGCUCUGCUAGCCUUAUGGCAGGUUUAGCAUCAUGGGAGUUGGAGUUCUUAAAAAAAUAUAGGCUUCUACCCUUUGCAAAGCUGGCCAGUGAUCCCCUAUGCAGGAGGGGGGAGGGGGGGGGCAGGUUAAUUCACUUUAAUGGUAAAUGUUCACUCUGUCUUUAUAUUGUAGGACAGACUUGGCCGUUGACAAAACAAAAAAGAAGAAGCGCAGAGAGCUGACAGAGGAGCAGAAGCAGGAAAUCCGAGAUGCCUUCGAAUUAUUUGAUACCGAUAAGGAUAAAGCAAUCGACUACCAUGAACUCAAGGUAACGUUUAAUGUGUCCGAGCAAUUCUGAAAAUUCUAAAUCUUUCCUGUAGAGAAUGUAACACACAGGGUGAGAUCAUACACACGCGAUAGGAUUUUGCGAUGUUUGAAUCUUGUCUGUGUGCGUGGUUUUUAAAAUGUAUUUUAUUUAUUUAUGUAUUUUUCACGGUGACGUGAAAUUUCAACCACGGGCAUUACGUAUAUUCUUUUUACUGACGAUAAUAGUUAUCGAACGGAAGCAGGUGCUUUACAAGAAAUAACAUCUUAGCAUAAAACAUUAUUCCCUUUUAAAUUUAUAUCACAACAAUUUACCUCAGUCUAUACAGAGCCUGGGCAACCCUUAUAAAUGAGGAGGAAUAGAGACAUUUUCAUUUUCUUCUUUUUUUUUUUUCUUUAUGCUGACUGCCAAGUGUGAAGGACAGGUCUUGUAAAAAGAACAGAGAGGGAACUAGGAGUAACCUCCUUCAGGAAAAAAGAUAUAUGACCUGAUUAAGAGGUUCAAUGACCAUCCCUCUCCUUUUUGGCUAGUGUCAUUCCUUCUUCACCACACCUCAGUGGUAUCGGUGAAAUCAUAAACACUGCUGACUACUUAAUCCACCUGAUGUGGCGUAAAUCUGAUGCCCUGUCUUUGAGGCUUUGGUUUACUAGGAUGCUGGAUCUUCAAACAAUGGAGGAGCUUGUUUUCAGCACCUCAGGUAGUAUUGACAAUUUGGAUACAAUGGAUAGCCACUACCAAAACCGCUAAUAUUCAGAAACCUCUGGAUAGCCCUCAGAUUUUCUACAGUCAUAGGUAGCCUUGCCUUUUGUCUAAUGGUGGAAAAUACUAGUCCAAAGCAGUCAGUCUGGGGUUCAGUUAAAUUCUAACACAAAUAUUGAGUAUUUUAGUAAAGACUGGAUCUUUACGAAACACUAAUUUUUGAUGUGGGACUGACAGACGCUUUUAAAAACAUGACCUAAAUAUAGAAACUUGUUAAGCAGGUUUUAUUGGCAACAAUGCCAAAAUCAUUUAGGAUACCAAUAUAAAUAGUCUGAAAAACCAGAUCUCUUCCCACCUGGUGAGUGUUAAAGGGAAACUAUAAUGCUAGGAAAACAAACUCGAUUUCCUUACACUAUAGCUUUCCCCUUUGUCAAUCCCCCCCCACUCUCCGUGGUGCAGAAGGGGUUAAUAACCCAUUCUGUCACUUACCUGGGUCCAGCACUGAUGCCCCUCAGCUCUGGCUCAGCACCACUCACACUCCUCCCCCACCGAGGUCCGCCAUCCGGCGAGACCUAAUGUGCAUGCCGCGCUCGCAUUAGGAUUUUCCCAUAGGAAAGCAUUAUUUAAUGCUUUCCUAUGGAGAUUCCGGUGCUGCUGGAAUCUUCAUGCAUAGCGUGAUGACGUCCAGCAUUGUUCAGGCGACCAAAAGUCGCCUUCAAUCUCCAAGGUUCCUCUAGUGGCUUUCUGGUAGACAGCCACUAGAGGAGGAUUUAACCCCAGCAGGUAAUUAUUGCAGUUUAUAAUUUUUUUUAAUGUUUUUAUUUUUUUUAAUAAUUACAUGCUCAGGGUUAAGGAUGAUGGGAGUUUGCAACCAAAGCACUUCAAUGAACUGAAGUGGUCUGGGUGCCUACAGUGUCCCUUUAACAAUGUAACAAUAUAUCAGGCCUUACAAAUAUUUCUUGUAUUUCCAUGAAGCGUAAUAUAUUGUUACUGUGUUAUCACUCAAGUGUAUACACUCAGUAGGUUGGAAAGGUCUGGUAUUUGAGAGAGUUUUUCUUGAUUAUUUUGUAGUAAUUAAUUUAGAAGGAUAAUCCUGGAAAUAAUCAUAGUGCUGCUCUACUGGCAAAAGGCACUAGAAUUUUAGUUUCUGAUUUUUUUUUAUUUUUUUUUAUUAUAUAUAGCUCUUUAACUCCUAAAUACAAUUGAUAUACUAUCUGAAAAAAACAACAGUGUUUUAAAUCUAGGAGAUUAAGUAGCAAAUUACGUUCCAUCUGGGGAAAGGGGAUUAGAAAGGUUAAGUGCCAGCUGGGUAUGGGGAUUGGGCAGAUUACGAAACAGGCUGUGGUCUUGAGCUAGUAGCCGAACCAAAUCUUUACUCUUCACUUAAAAUGUGUAUGGGUUGUCAGGUUGUGUUAAUGAAUGGUUGUAUAUAUUAAUUUCCCCAAUUUUUUGAUCACAAACAUCCCAUGUUUUGUUUUUCACAGGUAGCAAUGAGAGCAUUGGGAUUUGAUGUUAAAAAAGCGGAUGUUCUAAAAAUUUUAAAGGAUUAUGACAAUGAAACAACAGGAAAAAUUACAUUUAAUGAUUUUAAUGAAGUUGGUAAGUGUCCUUAAAGCUACACUGUCAUGCCGAACUUACCUUUCCCCAAUCGCCUUUUCUUCCUAUCUGAUCUAGUUUUCUUUAAAACCUAAAACAAAGUAGGGACAUGACCAGCUUUGACCCACUUGCUGUGGUCAAAGUAAUUUUACCACAAUACUCUCCCUUUCCUCCGUGAUCUCGCAAUGCCUCCUUUUAUGCAUUCCCGAACAUCCUGUCAUAUAGACAGGACCCCGGCAAAACUACCAAAUUUCAUCCUAACAGAAUGAGUAUAGUUUGUUCAUUCGGUACCUUUAGUUUAUUUCGAAAUUUAAUUUGAAUGAAUGAAAUUCCUAUCUGUGCCGCAGCUGCAUCUUGCAGCCGCAUAGUAGAUAGCUCCCUGAUACCGUGGGAAUUAGGGAGCUAUCUACCGAAAGGCUGAAAGCCCAAAAUUGGUCUUUCAGCCAACUUUACUAAUGCUAACUAAAGAUUACUUGGUUUUCGUAAAAAAGGGAGACUGCCCCUACUUGCUAUGCCACGAGUAGGGACAUGUCUACUCAACAUGAGCGGCGGGUGGGUGCCCUUAAUGACAAUGGGGGACCUAUUGUCUUCCCCUGGCUCCCUAUCCAUGAGCAGUGGGUGGGGGCCCUAAAUGACAAUAGGGGGGAAGGCUUCAGGCUUUUUUUUUUUUUUGCAACAGUGAGCAGCCACAGGUAUCUCACUCCUCGUAAGAAACAGAACAAACAAACACUGACAUUCGGUCUUGUGAAAUUUCUAUUCAUUCAUCCUUCUGACAAAUGAAUAGACAAAAUUUCCUUCCGAAUUUAGGACAAUAGCGAAUGCCCAAGUGUUUUACUCGUCAUGCAUGAGAAUUUCACAGCACUAUCUAGUGUGGGCAGAUGAUGUGUCCCACAGAGCCUUCAUCUGCCCACACAAAGAUGGCUGCGCCUAGGUCCCGGGACAAAAUAAAGUUGAAAUAAAAGGUAAUAGGGGGGGCCUAGGGGCAUUUGGUGUUGACUAGAGGGUUAUUUAGAUGUAGUGGAAGGGGGUUAAAAAAACAGAUGCGGCCAUGACAGUGCUGCUUUAACAGUGCCGUUUUCUUUUUAAGGCAGUCUCCCUUAAUUUUAUUUACCUGCCGUGAUUUGUGUAAUGGUAUUUAAAGACCUCUUUAAUGACCAUUAACUUACCAAAAUAGCUUUGACGAUUUUUUUAAUUUAUUUUUUUUGUACUCUUUGCAAAUGACAGUGAUUAUACUGCACAAUAAAAAUAAAUCCCAAAUAUCCCCCAUAAGCACAGUAUUCCCCUUUGUUUUACUUAUUUUUUUUUUUUUUUUUAAAUAAUGGUUUGUGCAAUUUCAAGAACACAUAUACAUUAAUUUCAUUGCUUGAUAUCCGUCUUUGCUUUUAUUUAGUUACAGAUUUAAUACUCGAACGUGAUCCACAAGAAGAGAUGCUAAAGGCUUUUAAGUUAUUUGAUGAUGAUGACUCCGGCAAGAUAAGCUUGCGGAAUCUCCGACGCGUUGCUCGAGAACUUGGUGAAAAUAUGACCGAUGAAGAAUUACGAGCUAUGAUUGAAGAGUUUGAUAAAGAUGGUGAUGGGGAAAGUAAGGUUUUUUUAUUUAUUUAUUUUUUAUUUAUUUUUUUAAAAUAAAUUCUUUAUUUUGGUUGUGCAUGUAGGAAAGAGUACAGGCAAACUUACUAUGCCACAGCAGCAUAAGCAAGCAACAAAACACAUGUUUAAAGCAUUAAAGGGACUUACCAGUGCCAGGAAAACAAAACGUUUUCCUGGCACUGCAGGUCCCCUCUCCUUCCCACACCCCAUCCCCUUUAGUGACUUACCUGUAUCCUGCGCCGAUGUCCCUCAGUGCUGGUUCAGGGCCCGCACAUGCACCUCCCCCGCCAACGUAAUCCUAUUGCGCAUGCUCGGCCGCCGGCGGAGGUCUAAUGCGCAUGCAUGGCAAUGCCAAAAUGUUUUCAAUGCUUUCCUAUGGGGAUUUCAGCAACGCUUGAGGUCCUCACAUAGCGAGGAUGGUCCAGCGACGCUAUAGCACACGGAAGUGUGUAGACAGCCACUAGAGGAGGAGUUAACCCUGCAAGGUAAAUAUUGCAGUUUAUGAAAACUGCAAUAAUUACACUUGCAGGGUUAAGGGUAGUGGGAGUUGGCACCCAGACCACUCCAAUGGGCAGAAGUGGUCUGGGUGCCUGCAGUGUCCCUUUUAAGUGACAUAUGAGGGACAUGCACAUUUUUAUGGUAAUAGAAGAGAUAUGUGAGGGUUAAUGCAAACCAUAAAAAAGUAAACUAUACUUGGUGCUCCAACAGGUUUAUACUAAGCUUAGCUUGAUAAGUAUGUAACAGUAGCUGUAUUUUGUGAGUAUAGAAAACAUGUCAGUGUUAAAUGUCUGUCGCUGAGUGGCUGAAUAUAUGAAGCAAGAUAUAUUAACCACUGGAGAUAUAGACUGAGAUGGCUACGUAAUGGGGUAUUAUGCUAAACUGGUUAUAUAUAGUCACAGCCGAUACAGUGUGCUCACGAAUAGUAUUAAGGCAUGCCAACUGUGAGUAAGAGUAGUGGGCGCUUCAGCCUAUGCCCAUUAAUAGGAAUGUCCUGUUUCCUGUCACUGUCUGCCCCUUUGAUGGAGCCGUCUGAAUCAGCCCCAGCUUUAUCACACGUCGGCAAGAUGUUCUCCUGCUCAUCAACGUGGCAGUCGGCUUUAGCCAGUAGGUGCAGAGUUGUGCAUCGCUGAUCAGAGGCCUCUGUGGCAGAUGUGUUGUAUGCAGGUUGGGCUUGCUUGUUGAUCCAGCUUCGGAUCAACAAGAGCGAGUGCGUGCGCCCGAAUAACAUGGCAUUGUUUCCUGCUAUAACUAUCUUUGGCGUCUUCUUUUCCGCUCGAGGUGGAUACCCAUACAGGCGAUGCCUGGUUGCUGGGCGGAUCCAGAACCACCACUCUUACAGCAUGAUCGUAGGUCAGUCCACGAGUGCAGAGCUUAGACAAGAAGAUCACACAGAGCCUGUCAAAGGCCACUAGAGGAUGCAUGGGUGGCUGGAUGCAGGUGCUCUUUGUCGUUGGCCCCCAACAGUGCAGCCAUCUUGAUUGGGCCUCGGCAAUCCAAUACAGCUGCAGACUGUGUUGCUGGUCCAGGUGAGCCCGUCAGCAGUCCAGUAGGGACCGGGAUAUCCCCUGCCGGACCAAAGGGGGGAGGUGUUAUAGGGCCUUAAGGCAGUUGGCAAGCCACACUUCAAGGCUCAGGAUCGGCCACCUCCCCCACCUCGAGAGUAGCAGCAGGCCACGGAUAGGUCAAGUACCGGCAGAACCCAUCAGUUGCACGCUUGCACUGCUCGGGGGUCAGUAAGGGUGCUCCCCAGGAAUAGAUGCAGGAUUUGGACCAAAUAAGCACUUAUGGAGGUAUAUAAAGUAAUGAGCUCCGGUUCUAUGAGACCAUCUUUGUCGGCCCUGCUCCCCCACCCCAGUAAUUUUUUAUGUCUGACUAUAAGGACUCUUCGCUAAGUCAGUGAGGUAAGAAUAGAGAGUUUGGAAAAAAGCCUUGUUUGUUCAUGUUGUUUAUUUAAAUGAGUAAACUGAGCAAAAGCUCCCUCUGUUGGUAAACAAGCAUGUGGAUAUGUGACAUUAUGCCUGAAACACACUUGUUUGUGUCGUUCUGCAUAUUCCACAAAGCAUUAUGGGGAAAAUAGUGGAAACUUGAAUUGAAGGGAGGCAUCUGUUUAUAUAUGAAAACACAAGGUGAUGAUUAAACAUAACCAAUAACUGUGACACGAUUUGAUAACGUAAUUAAUAUGUUUAAUUACAUUACACUCACCCGUGGUGACAGUGUCUGAGCAGCAGUAACUCAAAGUGGCAGGCUGUACUGAUUACAAUUAAUUUACUUACAAACAACAACAACACAACCUAAACCACCGAUUUUAUAACAUGUGAUUCCCACUGGAUUAACCCCGUUAGAUGCCUACUUAUUUUUUUGUGUCAUACAAGCUUUAUUUUUAUAUUUUUGCUUAUUAAAUGCAUAAAUAAACACCUGUAUAAGUUUGCUUAUCCAGGUUAUUGUAGCCAAUACUGGGUUCCUUUUGGGUAAAAUAACUCCACUCACUUGUACACCAUUGACAAAAGCAUGUGUCUGAUCUGCAUGCUAAACAUUCUUCACAAGAUCACAGCAGAGACUCUGAGACCACCAUUUUCCUUCAGGCAACUCAUUAACCCUAUUGUGCUUUUCUGUGAAAUGGAGGCAGCGGUUCUCGCUAGACAUGCGCAGAAAUUAGUUUUGCGUUAUUCUUCCAAAUAAAAUUCCUUGUAAUCGAUUCUAAAUAGUUUUUACCUGUUGGGUCUACAGGUGCGAUUGAUUCAGGAUUGAUUAAUUCUGGUAUUGAUUGACAGGAAUUUUAUUUGGAUGAAUUGAUUCAAACACAUUUUUGUACAAGUCUAAUAAUCACUGGUAGCCUGUUCCAUUCUCUGACAGAAAACCAGUGUUGAUACACCUCUCCUUCUGCCCUUUCUCCUCAUGCUCAGGAGUCGCAUCACUCUUUAACCACCAUCGAGACACCUGCACGAGUGUCCCUGCCAUAUAACAUGCUUUAUCCUAUCGGUUCCCAAAUCUCUUCUCAAGACACACACAAACAGUCUGUGAGUUUGACAUUUUCCAGUUGUGUUCCAAUGGGACAAUGACAGAAUCCGAGUCUUGAGAAGUAGGUUGGGUACCGUUACAGCAUCUGAUUGUAGAACCUACAAUGCCAGUCUGUCCCCCAGCAAGUAAGAAUAGAAAUUACUUUUAAAUAACAUAUGUUAAAUGAAAGCCGGAACUCUGAAACGUCACGUGUGACUGGCUCCAGGAAUCACGUACUCUUAAUUUGUUUACAAAAGGUUUAUUCACAAAUUUGAAAUGUUCUAAUUGUAUCAGUCCCUAGUAAGAAAAUGUAUAAAUAUAUAUGAGAAAACUUAGAUGACAGUUAUGCUUUUGUUGUAGAAAUGCAAAGGUUGAACAAGCGAAAAUAUUAGGAGAAAAUGUUAUUUUUGUUUAAAAAGAUAUAUUAUUUAUUUUUUGUGUGUGUGUUCUUAUAAUGGCACAUCUUAUAUAUAUUUUUUUUUUUUCCCUCCCUUUCCAUAUGUAGUUAACCAGGAGGAAUUCAUUUCCAUAAUGACAGGAGACGUAUAGCCAGUCCGAAAGCAGAUUUUGCCGUGAUAUCAACAUGCUCUCAACGAUGUUUCUCGAAUGUUUAGUAGUGUUUUUUGUUUUGGGAUUUAUCUCUUUCAUGAAGGACCAACAUUUAAUGCUAUUUAAAGUCAGUAUGUUGUAGCGUAUUAUGUUACAUUGUAAUAUUUCUUUUUUUAUUUGUAUAAUAGUUUUUUAUGCAGAUUUUGGAAAUAAAUCAUAUCAUUCUUAUGGUU